AGAUGUUGUCAAUUUCAGACCGAAACCAUCGACAUCUGACGGCUUGCUUUAGAGGUUCAACUAUGGGGAAGAAAAAUCGCUCAGGAACUGGGCGAAGAACAAUUCUACAGCUCUCUCCGCCUGGACAUCGCGCAGGCACGUCGAGUGGACGAGAAGACGUGUUGGGAUCAGGAUCAGAUGACGAACAAGAAGGUGAUGGACAGGAAAUCUUGAGAGAAACUAUUAAAGAGAUGAAUACACCAGCAGUGAAAACCACACAGGGUUUAUCCCUUCUUGGGGCAUAUGAAGAUAGUGAUGAAGAGGAUGAAGUGGAUAUCCAGCCAUCUGCUCCAAAGACUAAACUCAACCAGUCAGCAGACAUCGACAGCACCUUAGCUAAUUUUAUGGCUGAAAUUGAUGCCAUAACUACGCAGCCAGCUCCACCAGAUGAGGCUCCUGCUGAGAGCACUGCUCCAGCCCCUACUCCACCACGCCCUGAACCCAAACCAGAGCAGCAGACACAUGAGCAGAACGGAGAAGCUCAAGCGUUCCAGUACAACACGCAGUAUUCACUGGCUGGUGUUGGUGUUGAGAUGGGUGAUUGGCAGGAGGUAUGGGAUGAGAAUACUGGGUGUUACUACUAUUGGAACACCCAGACUAAUGAGGUAGCAUGGGAACUACCUCAUGACCUAGCCCACCAGGUACAGGACCUACAGCAUUACACAGACAGCUCCGCAGUCAAUGGGAAUGGUGUAUCGCAAACUGCAGCAUAUUACUCUGAACAACAUGCGGCCGUUUCUGCCAGCGACCCAAUCGUGAAGAAGGAGGCAAAAAAGAAGGAAGUGAUGGAGAGUGUUGUGGCCCUGACCAGUGAGGAGGAGGAGAGGAGAGGUGUUGCAGCCUCUCUCCUUGCACCAUUAAUUCCAGAUGAGGUAAAAGAGGCGGAAGAGAGAUGGAGGAAGAGAGUGAUUGCUGUGGAAGGGAAGAUGGACAACACCGAUGGGGAUGACGAUGGUACCCACCCCUCUGGGUCACCAGCACCAAGAGACUUGGACAGCAUCUCCUGUAGCAACCAGCCAAGCAGGAGUCAGUCACCAGUGAACUCGGAGGCAGAGGAAGACACAAUAGAAUUGGAGCUGGCUCUAGAGAGGAAAAAGGCUGAGCUCCGUGCUCUUGAAGAAGGGGAUGGCAGUGCUGGAGGCUCCAGCCCCUGCUCUGAAGCUAGUCAAGAAGGCCCCCACAACUUGGCCACCAAGAAGAAGUGGAAGACUUUCUUGCGUCCCCUGAGCCCAGACUCCACUAGCCGAAGCUCUGACAAGACUGGUUUGGACACACAAGAACAGAGUGACAGUACACAUUCCAAAUCUUUGGACAAGCCCGAUGAAGAUGACAAGGAGAAGGUUAUCUCCAGAUUGCAGCCCAAAGAAGAGGAAGAGCCUGCAGACCUCAAGUUCCAGAUUGGAGAGCUUGCUAACACUUUAACCAGCAAAAUGGAAUUUUUGGGGAUCAACAAAAAGGCCAUAUCUAACUUUCAACUCCUUUUGCUACAGACAGAGACGCGCAUAGCAGACUGGCGAGAGGGUGCGUUGAAUGGAUCCUACCUCCGGCGCAGGCUGCAGGAAGCUGCCGAGCAUAUAAAACAUUAUGAACUUAACGCCGCCCCUAAAGGCUGGUCCUGCCACUGGGACAGAGAACAAAGGCGAUACUUCUAUGUGAAUGACCGGACCAAUGCCUCCCAGUGGGACUUCCCCAUGGUGGAGGAAGAGGAAGAGGGGAACAAAACCGCCAAUUCCAGCACCCAGCAAGAUGGAGCAGCACUGACCAACUCCACCAGUGCACUGACAGCACCGACAUCCUACUGGCCAAUGGCUCCAACCUCGCAGCCCCCCAGCCUCCACAGCCACCUCUGCCUCCAGAGGACCCCCCUCCUCCCUCUGAGGCUCCGCCGCCUCCCCCGCCACCCCCAGAGUCGCCUCCCCCUCCUCCCCCUCCCCCCCUCAGUGAUGAUGGAGAGAUCGAAGAAGUGGAGAUGGAGGAUGAAGAAGGAGAGCCACCAGCCCCGGGAACAGAAGACAGCAAGGCUGCAGAAGCAGCAGCCUCAUUGGGAAUCACGGUCAAAGCUCAGAAACGCAAAGCCCCUGGCAGUGGGCAGACAAACAAAACAGUCACCAUUGGGAGCAGUGCUGUCCUUUAUACCCAGUCAUCUACCAUAGCAGCUCCUGUGCUGGCUGGAGGGGCCUACUGGGGAGUGUCUGCUGCAGCUGUGCUCCCUGAGGCCGCUGCUCCCCCAGCUCCUCCAGCUCAAGCCCCGCCUCCAGCCUCCCAGCUGCCAGCUGCUCCGGAACUAGAGACGGCCAAGGCAGUGCCGGUGGACAAGACCAAGAAGUCUAAGAAGGAAAAG